AUCAUUUUUUUUUUUUUUUAAAGGGUUUUGUUUAGCCCCUUAGCAAGGUCUCUUUUGAAUGGCAUUUGCACCACUGGUGGUAAAGUGGAAUGCCAAGCAGCCAAACCUCCUCAAGAAACAACUGUGAACUAUAGUAUAGGCGCCUCUACAACGGUGCUUUACGGUAAUUCAUCCCAUGAUCCUGUUCUGUCAACCGGUAGUUUGUUUCUACAGAAAGAUCGUAAAGAAUAUAGUAGCAUUGUCUGUCACAAUAAAAACAAAUGUGGAGUAGAAUACAGUAGAGUCUACAUUAACCAAAUUAAACUGACAUAAAAUAUGGAAAUCAUGGAUACGGCUGAAGUACAGACACAGCUAAUAUCCAUAAUGGAAACUGUGGCGAAAACAGCUGUUGUGGAAAUACUCAAACUUUUCGAGAAGAAUUCGUUUUUGCUGCGAUUAGAGAUUUCACGAUGUACAAACGAAAAUGAAUCUCUGAAAAAGAAAUGUCAUUUUCUGGAAAGUGAACUUCAGUCUGCCCGGAAAACCGCUGGAAAUAUGAACGGGACAGAAGCUCCAUUCAGCCAUCCGGGACUGAGAGAGUCUGGACGUCGUCCCACAAUUGACAGUUUCUUUGGUAAGGAAUGGUCCAUGAACCUCUGGAGACACCAGGAGUCAAAUGUUGGUGAGCAGGAGGACGACACACACCUGGACUCUUCAGUCAUCUCAGAAGAGCCAGUAAAUCUGCUGGAUGAAGAACCAGAUGUGAUUAUGAUUAAAGAAGAGUCACUGAAGAUUGACGAUUGCUCUGGGAAAAACAAACCUGAGGGAGACCAAAGUAACAGUUUGAAAGGACUAGCAAUGACCAGUGAUGAGAGAUGUGUUGCCCAGAGCUCUGAAAAUUUUAUCACAUACACGGUACAGUCAGACGACCACAUGAAAUUAAGAAGACAACAGAGAAAGGACAAAAACAUUCUUGAUGGAACAACUGCUACCCAUGGAAACAGUGUAACAGGGUCAGAUUUGAGCCCUGAUGUCGAAUGUUUUCCCAGCAAAGUGAAAAGAAAGCGUAAACGGGUAACUAAUACACAAAAGUUAAAAAAGUUAAAGUGUGUUUUAUGUGAGAAAACCUUUGAAUAUCUAAGCCGAUUGCAAAAACACAUGCGAACACACUCUGGAGAAAAACCUUUUGUCUGUACAGUUUGUGGUCGACGGUUUGCUCAAAAACCAAGCUUUCUAUUACAUGAGCGCAUUCAUUCUGGUGAGAGGCCGUACGCGUACACAUAGUGUGGAAGGAGCUUCGCUCAAAAGUGUCCUCUUAGUGUACACUUCCGAAACCACACUGGAGAAAAGCCAUAUCAGAGUGUGGGAAAAGCUACGUGUAGGGGUGUAACCCCGGUGUCCUGGCCAAAUUCCCUCCAUAGGCCCUUACCAAUCACGGCCUCCUAAUAAUCCCCAUCCAUUGGAUUGGCUCUUUCACUCUCUCUCCUCUCCACAUACAGCUGGUGUGUGGUGAGCGCACUGGCGCCGUUGUACUGUGGCUGCCGUCGCAUCAUCCAAGUGGA